GGUGAAGGACAUCUCACUGGAGGCCACAGGAGCUUUGUGAAGCCAGCGGGACACAAUACAUGGAGAGAUGACCAACCAAUCACUGUUGAUGAGGGGAGUAGAACCUCAACCCAGCACAUUAUCGUGAUGGAGUCUGCAGAUACAGAGGCUGCAGGUCCUGGGGUGAAGCAGGAGAGGUCUGAAAGAAAGGAGGACCUACAGCAUAGCAUAAAUAUCCAGACUGGAACGGCUGGCACGCCCCCUAUAGCAACGGAGGACUCCACCACCGCCCCAGCGCCGCCCAGAGCCGGCUCAGAGUAUUUACCGGUAUUUCACCAGAUCCAGAGGACGGUUCAUUCCCGUGGAGAUGGUGACGCACUAGUCACUGGCGUUGAUGAUCCAUCAUGUUCUUACAGUACAGAGAUGGACCCUGGUAACAUGCCCUUGGGUUUAGAGACACAGACUGAUCUGUCUAAAGGGGAAUGGAACCGGUACAGCAGUAGUAUAUACUCUGAAGGGUGCCUAGAUAAGAAAGGGGAAUGUCUGGUUGUAGAUGAGGUAAUUGUGAAAGUGGAGGGCGACGCCUCUCCCACAUGGAAUCCAGAUCGUCACCUAGGUGACGGACACUCACAGGGCAGAGAUUUCUUAGAUUACAGGGAAAGCUUAGAGACAAAUCCAAAUGUUGCGACCCACUCCCCUGUACACAUUCUCAGGGAUUGCGACCCAGUGUCCACGUCGAUGGGGCCUUCUGAUUCACACACCCACGUCCUUUUCAAUCAGGUAUUGAACGCAAACGACAUGGCUAGAGCCCAGGCUCAGGGAGGGGGAGCCACAUCAGGCAAUAGUAAAGAGAAACGGUUUCUCUGCAUGUUCUGCAACAAAGGCUUCAGCUGCCCCCAGAAGGUGGAGAUCCACCAGAGGGUCCACACAGGGGAGAAACCUUUCAGCUGUACCCAAUGUCACAUGCGCUUCGCUGAGGCUGGCAGCCUGAAGAGGCACCAGAGGGUCCACACAGGGGAGAAACCCUACAGCUGCCCCCAGUGUGAGAAGAGGUUCUCCCACCAGCACCAUCUGAAGAGGCACUUGAAGGUCCACACGGAUUAGAGGCCGUUCGCCUGUAAGCACUGUCGGAAGAGGUUCUCAGAGGAGCUUCCUCAGGAUUUCACUCUAUAACAUAGAAAGUAACCAUUCCAUUCAAUGGCUUCUGAAGUUUAGAUCAAACCCUGCCCUAAAGAUAGACUCAGCGAGAUGACGUAGAUCAAUUUCCACAACAUCAAAGAGCAUUUUGGGAUAAAUGCGCCUAAAAAGUCUUAACAUAAUUUAGCCUACACUAAAGACACUCUUGUUCACAAAUUUCAUUAUUUCCAUUCAACAACUUUUAUUAUUUAUUUUCUGACCACUUUUUCUCCCCAAUUUCCUGGUCUUGUCCCAUUGCUGCAACUCCUGUACGGACAAGGUCGAGGCACGUGCGUUCUCCGAAACACAACCCAGCCGAGCCGCUUCUUGACACAAUGCCGCUUAACCCAGAAGCCAGCCAGACCAAUGUUUCGGAGAAAACACCGUACACCUGGCGACCAUGUCAGCGUGCAUUGGGACCGGCCCGCCACAGGAGUUGCUAGAGCGCGAUGGGUCAAGAACAUCCCUGCCGGCCAAACCCUCCCCUAACCCGGGUGAUGCUGAGCCAAUUGUGUGCCACCCCAUGGAUCUCCCGGUUGUGGCCGGCUGCGACAGAGCCUGGACUCGAACCAGGAUCUCUUGUGGCACAGCUAGCACUGUGAUGCAGUGCCUUGGACCACUGAGCCACUCGGGAGGCCAUCAAUAAACACGUUUAAUGAGAACAUUUAUGCAGUUCAUUAAGUUACUGCAGAUUUGUAGUUGAGAUGUGUGGUUUUCAUAUGGUGUAUUUAAAACGUGUUUGUUUAAUAAACAGAAAAUAGAACUUUCA